UAUAUACAUAUUCACGUUCUUAAUUUCAUUGAUAUAUUUCACAUGUAACAUCAUGUCGUCAUUCUAUGGUCUUAUAGUAUCGCAAUUUCUUAUUUUAAAUUUUCUUUUGGCAAAAACAACUCAUACAUCAAACCGUAAAUUAAACUUUACGCUUAAAACCCCAGAAUUGAUAAAAAAUCAUGGAUAUCAGGUGGAAAUUCAUAAUAUUGUGACAGAAGAUGGUUAUAUUCUAGAAAUUCAUAGACUUCCAUACGGACGUAUUAAUGGUGAAAGGAAUUUUAAAAACGCGAAGCGGCCAAUUUUAAUUCAGCAUGGAUUAGCGGGCAGUUCUGCGGAUUGGAUCCUUAUGGGACCAGAAAGAGCAUUAGCAUACAUGUUAGCAGAUGCAGGAUACGAUGUAUGGCUUGGAAAUAACAGAGGAAACAUUUAUUCAAGAAAUCAUAUUUCGAUGUUACCAACGGAACGAUAUUUUUGGAAUUUUAGUUACCACGAACUCGGUAUUUAUGAUAUUCCGGCAACAAUCGAUUAUAUAAUCCAUCAAACGAAUUAUAAACAAAUUUUUUAUAUCGGUCAUUCUCAAGGAACUACGCAAUUUUUGGUGGCAAUGUCCCAAAAACCAGAUUAUAACGCAAAAAUUAAGUUAAUGAUUGGUCUUGCGCCUGUAGCUUUUACCGGCAAUUUACGCGGACCGAUUACAAAACUCGCUAAAUUAACAUACAUGGGCGUGCGGAUAGGUGAAGUUUUCGGUUAUCCUGAAAUGCGUUCAAAAUCUAUUUGGGAAAAGUUUGUCUCGAGUAUAUUUUGUCAAGAUGCAUCAAUUCAACUGUUUUGCAAUAACAUUCUAUUCUUGGUCACUGGUUUUAAUCAAACAAAUUUGAGUGCGAUGAAUUUGACAUCGAUUAUGAAUCAUGUUCCGGCAGGUGCUUCUUGGAAACAAUUAGUUCAUUUUGGUCAAGGAUAUAUAUAUCCAGACAAUUUUCGACAAUUUGAUUAUGGUAACGAUGAAAAAAAUUAUCGAAUAUACAAUUCUGUACAACCACCAGAAUACGAAUUGAACAAAAUAAUUGCACCAAUUGCUCUUUUCAGCAGUAACGAUGAUCUACUUGCAACAAAAACGGAUGUUAAUCUUUUGAAAAAUAAACUUGGUAAUCUUAUAUUCCAUAAAGAAAUAUCCAUUAAAUCAUUCUCUCAUUAUGAUUUUUUAUGGGGACCGACUUCGAUAUCAGUUAUAUUCAAACCUAUAUUAGACUUAUUGGUUUUUUAUGAGCAAAAUCCGUUACAUGUAUUAUAUUAAUGCGAUAUCUUGAUAAAGAAAUACUUGAUAAAG